AUGGUACGAGCGGCUGGGGUCGGAACAAGCAGCCGCUGCAACAGCGGGCAGAAUCACACCUGUGCGAGCCGGGCCCUGCUGCUCUUCAUGGGCGUCACUUACCUCGUGUCGCCCUUCGGCGGCUGGCUGGCCGACGCGCUGCUCGGCAAGUUCGGCGCCAUCCUGCUCAGCAUGGCGCUCUACCUGCUCGGCAUGCUGGCCUUCCCCGUGGUGGCCGCGCCACACACGCGACAGGGCCUCUGUGGGGACAUCCCGCUGUCCCCCGUGGAGAACUGCUCCUCGCCGGUGGAGAACACCACGGCGCCGGCGCCCUGCUCGCCCCCGGGGGCCACCCGCUACUGCGCCGGUGCCACCUUCGUGGGACUGGUCCUCGUGGGGCUGGGCGUCGGGUCGGUCAAGGCCAACAUCACCCCCUUUGGAGCCGACCAGGUCAAAGAUCGGGGUCCAGAAGCCACAAGAAGAUUUUUUAAUUGGUUUUAUUGGAGCAUUAACUUGGGAGCUAUUCUGUCUCUGGGAGGCAUUGCAUACAUUCAGCAGAACGUGAGCUUUGUUAUUGGAUAUAGCAUCCCAACAAUUUGCAUUGGGAUUUCGUUCAUGGUUUUCUUAUGUGGUCAGAGUUUCUUCAUCACAAAACCACCUGACGGUAGCGCCUUCACAGACAUGUUUAAAAUUCUUGCAUAUUCUUGUUGCUCAAGAAAGAGACAUGUGGAGCGAUCAACUAAUAGCGAAGGCCAGGGAGUACUUCAGCAGCCUCGCAAGCAAAGCUUGUUUGAGAUGGCCAAGUUGUCUCGUGGAGGCCCAUUCAGAGAAGAUAAAGUAGAAGAUGUGAAAGCUCUUGUCAAGAUUAUCCCUGUCUUUUUAGCUUUGAUACCUUACUGGACAGUGUAUUUCCAAAUGCAGACAACUUAUGUAUUGCAAAGUCUUCAUCUGAAAAUUCCUGAAAUAUCAAAUGAUACCAACUCUACUCAUACAUUUCCAGCUGCCUGGUUGACUAUGUUUGAUGCAGUGCUUAUUCUGAUCCUAAUACCCUUAAAAGAUAAAUUGGUAGACCCUGUUUUAAAGAGGAAUGGCUUGCUGCCAUCCUCACUGAAGAGGAUUGCAGUUGGAAUGUUCUUUGUGAUGUGUUCUGCAUUUGCUGCAGGAAUUCUGGAAAGCAACAGACUGAAAAUUGUAAAGGUUAAAACUAUUAAUCAGACAAUUGGAAAUGUUACAUACCAUGCUGCAGAUUUGCCAAUAUGGUGGCAGAUACCUCAAUAUGUGUUGAUUGGAUUCAGUGAAAUAUUUGCAAGUAUAGCAGGUUUAGAAUUUGCCUAUUCAGCUGCUCCCAAAUCCAUGCAGAGUGCUAUUAUGGGGCUGUUCUUUUUCUUUUCGGGGAUUGGAUCAUUUGUUGGCUCUGGACUGUUGGCACUGGUGUCUAUUAAAGAAAUUGGCUGGAUGAGUAAUCACACAGAUUUUGGUAACAUUAACGGCUGCCAAUUAAACUAUUACUUCUUUUUGUUGGCUGCCAUCCAAGGAGCCACUCUCUUGCUUUUCCUUAUUGUUUCUGUGAAAUAUGAUCAUCAAAAAUCGAAGAUUAACGAGCUGGCUGCCAACGGGAGGAUGUGAUGACUGUUAGGAAGCAAACUCCAUCGCAGCGGGGCCCGCGCGAUCUCCCGUUUGCUCCACUGAGACCCUCUCGUUGGACCUGCACGUUGCAGGAGUCUUCACCCCUGCCCUCUCACAUAACAUAGGUAAGUGCCUUAUGUUGGCAGGGCUCAUUUCUUGCACUACGUCCUGGCAGGACAACACCAAUCUUGGAAGUGUGUUAACUAUAGACAUUCAAGUUGCUCUUUGUUAAUCCCAAGAUGUUUACUUAACUCUUAAAAAUUGGGACGUUUACA